UGAUCCGUCACCAUGAGUACGGACGCGGAGAUGCAAAUCUACGGCAAGGCUGCCAUAUACCUCCGUAAGCCUGAGAAGGAGAGGAUGGAGGCACAAACCGCACCCUUUGAUUCAAAGAACGCCUGCUAUGUCGCAGACACCAAGGAGCUUUACCUUAAGGGUUUGGUCACUGCCAGGGCUGAAGGAAAGUGUACUGUGACAGUCACGAAUCCUAACGGCACUAAGGAGGAAGGAAAAGUGUUCAAAGAUGCAGAUGUCUAUGAGAUGAACCCCCCGAAGUACGACAAGAUUGAGGACAUGGCCAUGAUGACCUACCUGAAUGAAGCCUCUGUGUUGUAUAACCUCAAAGAGCGUUAUGCAGCAUGGAUGAUCUAUACCUACUCUGGGCUGUUCUGUGCCACGGUGAACCCCUACAAGUGGCUUCCUGUGUACGACAUGGAGGUUGUUAACGCCUACAGAGGGAAGAAGAGGAUGGAGGCUCCACCCCAUAUCUUCUCCGUCUCUGACAACGCCUUUCAGUUCAUGCAGAUUGACCAGGAGAACCAGUCCGUCCUGAUUACCGGAGAAUCCGGUGCAGGAAAGACUGUCAACACCAAGCGUGUCAUCCAGUACUUUGCCACCAUUGCAGUGUCUGGUGCCAAGAAGGAAGUAGACCCCACCAAAAUGCAGGGGUCUCUUGAGGAUCAGAUCAUUGCUGCUAACCCUCUGCUGGAGGCUUACGGUAAUGCCAAGACAGUGAGGAACGACAACUCGUCUCGCUUCGGUAAAUUCAUCAGGAUUCACUUCCAAGGUAGCAAACUGGCUAAAGCUGACAUUGAGACCUACCUGCUAGAGAAGUCCAGAGUGUCCUUCCAGCUUCCCGAUGAGAGAGGUUACCACAUCUUCUUCCAGAUGAUGACCAAUCACAAACCUGACAUUAUUGAAAUGUCACUGAUCACCACCAACCCCUACGACUUCCCCAUGUGCAGUCAGGGUCAGAUCACUGUGGCCAGCAUCAACGACAAGGAAGAGCUGGAUGCCACAGACGAUGCCAUUACAAUCCUGGGCUUCAGUAAUGAUGAGAAAAAUAGCAUCUACAAGCUGACAGGAGCUGUACUGCACCAUGGCAACUUGAAAUUCAAGCAGAAGCAGCGUGAGGAGCAGGCCGAGCCAGACGGCACAGAGGUGGCUGAUAAAAUCGGCUACCUGCUGGGCCUGAACUCAGCUGAGAUGCUGAAGGCUCUGUGCUACCCCAGAGUGAAGGUCGGCAACGAGUAUGUGACCAAGGGACAGACUGUGCCUCAGGUUAAUAACUCAGUCUCGGCUCUGGCCAAGUCCAUCUACGAGAGGAUGUUCUUGUGGAUGGUCAUCCGUAUCAACGAGAUGUUGGACACCAAGAAUCCAAGGCAGUUCUAUAUCGGUGUGCUUGACAUUGCCGGGUUUGAGAUCUUUGACUACAACAGCAUGGAGCAGCUGUGCAUCAACUUCACCAAUGAGAAACUGCAACAGUUUUUCAACCACACCAUGUUCGUCCUGGAACAAGAGGAGUACAAGAAGGAGGGAAUCAUCUGGGCCUUCAUUGACUUCGGCAUGGACUUGGCUGCCUGCAUUGAGCUUAUUGAGAAGCCAUUGGGCAUCUUCUCCAUCCUUGAAGAGGAGUGCAUGUUCCCCAAGGCUUCAGACACUUCCUUCAAGAACAAGCUGUAUGACCAGCAUCUUGGCAAAAACAAGGCGUUUGAGAAGCCCAAGCCAGCCAAAGGCAAGGCAGAGGCCCACUUCUCCCUGGUGCACUACGCCGGCACUGUGGACUACAACAUCACUGGCUGGCUGGAGAAGAACAAGGACCCCCUGAACGACUCAGUUCUUCAGCUGUACGGGAAGUCUUCAGUCAAACUGAUGGCGACCCUGUAUAUCCCUCUCAUUUAUAAUUAUGUUGAACUUUUCUCCAUUAUAACAGAUACAUCCAAGAAAGGAGGCAAGAAGAAGGGUGGUUCCAUGCAGACUGUGUCCUCCCAGUUCAGGGAGAACUUACAUAAGCUGAUGACCAACUUGAGGAGCACUCAUCCUCACUUUGUACGCUGCCUGAUCCCCAACGAGUCAAAGACUCCAGGUCUGAUGGAGAACUUCCUGGUUAUCCACCAGCUCAGGUGUAAUGGUGUUCUGGAGGGGAUCAGGAUCUGCAGGAAGGGCUUCCCCAGUAGAAUCAUCUAUGCUGACUUCAAGCAGAGGUACAAAGUACUGAAUGCCAGUGUCAUCCCCGAGGGCCAAUUCAUGGACAACAAGAAGGCUUCUGAGAAGCUGCUUGGGUCCAUUGAUGUGAAUCACGAGGACUACAAGUUUGGACACACCAAGGUGUUCUUCAAAGCCGGUCUGCUGGGUGUCCUGGAGGAGAUGAGAGAUGAGAAGCUGGCCUCUCUGGUCGGCAUGGUCCAGGCUCUCAGCCGUGGAUUCCUCAUGAGGAGAGAGUUCACCAAGAUGAUGGAGAGGAGAGAUUCCGUCUUCACCAUCCAGUACAACAUCCGUUCAUUCAUGAAUGUGAAAACCUGGCCAUGGAUGAAGUUGUACUUCAAGAUCAAGCCCCUGCUGCAGAGCGCUGAGACUGAGAAGGAGCUGGCCAACAUGAAGGAGAACUAUGAGAAGAUGACGUCGGACUUGGCCAAGGCUCUGGCCAAGAAGAAGGAGUUGGAGGAGAAGAUGGUGGCCAUGGUGCAGGAGAAGAAUGACCUGGCACUUCAAGUCGCAUCUGAUUCAGAGAAUCUGAACGAUGCUGAGGAAAGGUGUGAGGGGCUCAUCAAGAGCAAGAUCCAGCUGGAGGCCAAACUCAAAGAGACGACCGAGAGGCUGGAGGAUGAGGAGGAGAUGAAUGCUGAGUUGACUGCCAAGAAGAGGAAGCUGGAGGACGAGUGCUCUGAGCUGAAGAAGGACAUUGAUGACCUGGAGCUCACCUUGGCCAAAGUGGAGAAGGAGAAGCACGCCACUGAAAACAAGGUUAAAAACCUGACAGAGGAGAUGGCGUCUAUGGAUGAGAGUGUUGCCAAGCUGACCAAGGAGAAGAAAGCCCUCCAAGAGGCCCACCAGCAGACACUGGAUGACCUGCAGGCAGAGGAGGACAAAGUCAACACUCUGACCAAGGCCAAGACCAAGCUGGAACAGCAAGUGGACGACCUUGAGGGUUCUCUGGAGCAAGAGAAGAAGCUCCGUAUGGACCUUGAGAGAGCCAAGAGAAAGCUGGAGGGAGAUCUGAAACUGGCCCAGGAGUCCAUAAUGGACCUGGAGAAUGACAAGCAGCAGUCUGAUGAGAAAAUCAAGAAGAAGGAGUUUGAGACCACCCAGCUCCUCAGCAAGAUAGAGGAUGAGCAGUCUCUGGGAGCUCAGCUGCAGAAGAAGAUCAAGGAACUCCAGGCCCGUAUUGAGGAGCUGGAGGAGGAAAUUGAGGCUGAGCGUGCUGCCAGGGCCAAGGUUGAGAAGCAGAGGGCCGAUCUCUCCAGGGAACUUGAGGAGAUCAGCGAGAGACUGGAGGAGGCCGGAGGCGCCACUGCUGCUCAGAUUGAGAUGAACAAGAAGCGUGAGGCUGAGUUCCAGAAGCUGCGUCGUGAUCUUGAAGAGUCCACCCUGCAGCAUGAGGCCACAGCCGCCGCUCUGCGCAAGAAGCAGGCCGACAGUGUGGCUGAGCUCGGGGAGCAGAUCGACAACCUGCAGCGCGUCAAGCAGAAGCUGGAGAAGGAGAAGAGUGAGUACAAGAUGGAGAUUGAUGACCUCUCCAGCAACAUGGAGGCUGUCGCCAAGACUAAGGGCAAUCUGGAGAAGAUGUGCCGUACUCUUGAGGACCAGCUGAGCGAGCUGAAGACUAAGAAUGAUGAGAAUGCUCGCCAGGUCAACGACAUCAGCGGACAGAGGGCCAGACUCCUGACAGAAAAUGGUGAGUUUGGCCGCCAGCUGGAGGAGAAGGAAGCCCUGGUGUCUCAGCUGACCAGAGGCAAACAGGCCUUCACCCAGCAGGUGGAGGAGCUGAAGAGACUGAUUGAGGAGGAGGUCAAGGCUAAAAACGCACUGGCCCAUGGUGUCCAGUCUGCCCGCCAUGACUGUGAUCUCCUGAGAGAGCAGUUUGAGGAGGAGCAGGAGGCCAAGGCAGAGCUGCAGCGCGGCAUGUCCAAGGCCAACAGUGAGGUGGCUCAGUGGAGGACUAAGUAUGAAACUGAUGCCAUCCAACGCACAGAGGAGCUGGAGGAGGCCAAGAAGAAGCUGGCCCAGCGUCUGCAGGAGGCUGAGGAGACCAUUGAGGCGACCAACUCAAAGUGUGCCUCCCUGGAGAAGACCAAGCAGAGACUGCAGGGAGAGGUGGAGGACCUCAUGAUUGACGUUGAGAGAGCCAACGCCAUGGCUGCCAACCUUGACAAGAAGCAGAGGAACUUUGACAAGGUUCUGGCAGAGUGGAAGCAGAAGUAUGAGGAGGGCCAGGCUGAGCUGGAAGGAGCUCAGAAGGAGGCUCGCUCUAUGAGCACUGAACUCUUCAAGAUGAAGAACUCCUACGAGGAGGCUCUGGAUCAUCUGGAGACUCUGAAGAGAGAGAACAAGAACCUGCAACAGGAGAUCUCUGACCUGACUGAGCAGAUCGGAGAGACUGGCAAGAGCAUCCAUGAGCUGGAGAAGGCCAAGAAGACCGUGGAGACAGAGAAGUCUGAGAUCCAGACCGCUCUGGAGGAGGCUGAGGGCACACUGGAGCACGAGGAAUCCAAGAUUCUGCGUGUGCAGCUGGAGCUGAACCAGAUCAAGGGUGAGGUGGACAGGAAGAUCGCUGAGAAGGACGAGGAGAUGGAGCAGAUCAAGAGGAACAGCCAGAGGGUGGUUGACUCCAUGCAGAGCACCCUGGACUCUGAGGUCAGGAGCAGGAAUGACGCCCUGAGGGUGAAGAAGAAGAUGGAGGGAGACCUGAAUGAGAUGGAGAUCCAGCUGAGCCAUGCCAACAGGCAGGCCGCUGAGGCCCAGAAACAGCUGAGGAACGUCCAGGGACAGUUCAAGGAUGCCCAAUUGCACCUUGAUGAUGCCGUCCGAGCCGCAGAAGAUAUGAAGGAGCAGGCAGCCAUGGUGGAGCGCAGAAACGGUCUGAUGAUGGCUGAAAUCGAGGAGCUGAGAGUUGCUCUGGAGCAGACAGAGAGAGGCCGCAAAGUGGCUGAGACUGAGCUGGUGGAUGCCAGCGAGCGUGUCGGACUGCUGCACUCCCAGAACACCAGCCUUGCGAACACCAAGAAGAAGCUGGAGACUGACCUGGUUCAGGUGCAGGGAGAGGUGGACGACAUCGUCCAGGAGGCCAGAAAUGCAGAGGAGAAGGCCAAGAAGGCCAUCACUGACGCGGCCAUGAUGGCUGAGGAGCUGAAGAAGGAGCAGGACACCAGCUCUCACCUGGAGAGGAUGAAGAAGAACCUGGAGGUCACAGUCAAGGACCUGCAGCACCGUCUGGAUGAGGCUGAGAAUCUGGCCAUGAAGGGAGGCAAGAAGCAGCUCCAGAAACUGGAGUCCAGGGUGCGUGAGCUCGAGACUGAGGUGGAGGCCGAGCAGAGAAGAGGUGUAGACGCAGUCAAGGGAGUCCGCAAAUAUGAGCGCAGAGUCAAGGAGCUCACUUACCAGACUGAGGAGGAUAAGAAGAACGUUGCCAGACUUCAGGACCUGGUAGAUAAGCUGCAGAUGAAAGUGAAGGCCUACAAGAGGCAGGCUGAGGAAGCGGAGGAAGCAUCCAACCAGCACAUGUCUAAGUUCCGGAAGGUUCAGAAUGAGCUGGAAGAGGCUGAGGAGCGUGCUGACAUCGCUGAGACUCAGGUCAACAAGCUCAGAGCCAAGACCCGUGACUCUGGAAAGGGAAAAGAAGCUGAAUAAACAAGACCAAAGUCUUGUCAAUUUCCUGUGUUUCAUAAAAUAUGAUUUUCAUGGUGAAAUGUUGAGCAUUGAUUAAAAACAUAUUGGCCUACAUACA